CGCUUCCGCGCUUUACGGCAACUGUCGCGCCGCGCCGGGCUGUUCGCGGCGGCCGGAAGGCAGGUGCCUGCAAGUUGGAGUAGGAAUUAAUUUCUUAUCCUAUGGAUCACUGAAUGAGUAAUAGAUGGCCUUACCUCGUCUUACAGAAGCUCUGCGCUCCUUUUCAAAUGUCACUAAACAUGAUAAUUAUAGUGAAGAAUUGGCUGACUUAACGACUAAAAGGUCAAAAUUACAUGAGCAGUUACUGAAGUCUGAUCUUACCUGGAAGAAAAUAGUGAAAUUUGUAAAUGACAAUUUGGAGAAGAAAGACCACCAAUCAGUAAAUGGGGAUUUGAAAACUAUAUUGCAGUCUGCAAAACAAAUAGUUGGAGCUGAAAAUGUACAAGAAGCAAUUGAAAGUGGAGCUGUUUUUCUUUUUAAGACAUUUCACAUGAAGGAAUGCGUUGGUCAUGAUGAGACAAAAGCUAUCAAGCAGAUGUUUGGGCCCUUUCCAUCAUCAUCUGCUACUGCAGCUUGUAAUGCCACAUGUCGGAUUGCUUCUCACUUCACUGAAGAACAGCUUACGGCCCUUAUACAGAUGGUUGAAGAACAAAAUGGUGAUAACAGAGUAUUCUUUGGUAAAAAUGUAGUGUUUUCAUUUGACAUGCAUGAUUUGGAUCGCUGUGAAGAACUGCCAAUAAACGGUGAGGUUGAUGCACAGAAAAUUAUAAGCUUAGAUUACAGGAAAUUUCUGAAUAACCAUUUGGAGCACCUCCAGACUUGUUAUAGUGACAAAAAUUAUCUUAAGUCAACGGAGAGAGUGGAUGACUCUUUUCUGUGGUGCGAGGUUGGAAAGUAUCUAAAUGAGUCCCUAAAGGGAACCCCUGGAGGACCAACAAUAGAAGAUCUCUGCUGCACUUUGUAUGAGAUGCUUGCAUCCAGCAAGAGUGGUGAUGAACUUCAGAAUGAGUUAUUUGAACUGCUGGGCCCUGAGGGUUUUGAACUCAUAGAGAAGCUUUUACAGAACAGGUCAACGAUUGUGGAAAGAUCUCUGUCCUGUCCAAAUGAUUACAAGUUACAGACUCUACAAGAACAGUACAAAAAGUUUGUAGGAGAAAACACUAAACCUAAUUAUGGUUGUCAAGUUACAAUUCAGUCUGAACAAGAAAAGCAGUUAAUGAAACAAUAUCGUCGGGAAGAAAAACGAAAUGCCAGACGAGAAAAACGAGUUGGGGAAGAUGGAGAAGUUUUUGGAGAAGGACUAAUGUGCUUUGAUCCCAAGGAGCUGCGGAUGCAAAGAGAACAAGCACUUUUGAAUGCUCGAGACGUGCCUGUCCUAAGUAAACACAGAGAUAUGGACUUCGAAAAAAUUUAUUAUCCACAUGUUUAUGAUGCCCGAGCUGAAGCUAUGAAAACAUCAGCAUUCAUUGGGGGUGCAAAGAUGCUCCUUCCAGAGGUUGUCCAGAGAGAAAACAACAAAAUGUAUGAAGAAGUGAAGAUUCCUCAUAGUGAUCCAAUGCCUAUUGGCAUUGAGGAAAAAGCAGUUUACAUUAAAGAUUUAGAUGAGAUUGGACAACUUGCUUUUAAAAGCAUGAAAAGAUUAAACCGAAUCCAGUCAAUAGUUUUUGAGACUGCCUACAACACAAAUGAGAACAUGCUGAUUUGUGCACCCACAGGAGCUGGGAAGACUAACAUUGCCAUGCUAACAGUCUUGCACGAAAUUCGCCAGCACAUUCAGCAUGGAGUUAUCAAAAAGGAUGAGUUUAAGAUUGUGUAUGUUGCUCCUAUGAAGGCUUUGGCAGCUGAAAUGACAAAUUACUUCAGCAAGCGUCUGGAGCCACUAGGUAUUGCUGUGAAGGAGCUGACUGGUGAUAUGCAGUUGUCAAAAAGUGAAAUUCUGCGAACACAGAUGCUUGUUACCACACCAGAGAAAUGGGAUGUAGUGACAAGGAAGAGUGUUGGGGAUGUAGCCCUCUCUCAACUUGUAAAGCUCCUGAUUCUUGAUGAAGUGCAUCUGCUGCAUGAAGACAGAGGACCAGUGCUAGAAAGUAUAGUGGCACGCACCUUACGUCAGGUUGAAUCAACGCAGAGUAUGAUUAGGAUUUUGGGCCUGUCAGCUACUUUACCCAAUUAUCUUGAUGUUGCCAACUUUCUUCAUGUCAAUCCAUAUAUUGGACUCUUCUACUUUGAUGCUCGUUUUCGACCUGUGCCGCUUGGACAGACAUUUAUAGGGAUUAAGACCACAAAUAAGGUGCAGCAGCUGAAUUAUAUGGAUGAAGUAUGUUAUGAAAAUGUUUUGAAACAAAUAAUGGCUGGACACCAGGUGAUGGUGUUUGUUCAUGCUAGAAAUGCCACUGUACGAACUGCUAUGGCUCUUCGUGAGAAAGCAAAAAAUAAUGGACAUAUUUGCCACUUUUUGCCAACACAAGGACCUGAUUAUGGGCAAGCUGAAAAACAAGUACAAAGGUCCAGAAAUAAGCAGUUACGUGAGUUGUUUCCAGAUGGAUUUAGUAUUCAUCAUGCAGGGAUGCUGCGGCAAGAUAGAAGUUUGGUUGAGAACUUGUUUUCUAAUGGACAUAUCAAGGUCCUAGUUUGCACGGCUACAUUAGCGUGGGGAGUCAAUCUUCCUGCUCAUGCUGUUAUUAUUAAGGGAACACAAAUAUAUGCUGCAAAAAGAGGUUCCUUUGUUGACCUUGGAAUUUUAGAUGUCAUGCAGAUAUUUGGUCGAGCCGGACGGCCUCAGUUUGACAAAUUUGGAGAAGGCGUUAUUAUUACAACUCACGAUAAACUCAGCCAUUACCUGACUCUGCUUACUCAGCAGAACCCAAUUGAAAGCCAGUUUCUUGAAAGCCUCGCAGACAACCUGAAUGCAGAGAUUGCUCUUGGAACAGUAACUAAUGUGGAGGAAGCAGUAAAGUGGAUAAGCUACACUUAUCUUUAUGUACGGAUGAGAGCAAAUCCAUUAGUAUAUGGCAUCAGUCACAAGGCUUAUCAGAUGGAUUCAGCACUAGAGAAGCACAGAGAACAACUGGUGAUUGAAGUCGGCAGAAAGCUAGACAAAGCCCGGAUGAUUCGUUUUGAAGAGAGGACUGGUUUUUUUUCUUCAACAGAUUUAGGAAGAACUGCCAGCCAUUACUAUAUUAAAUACAAUACCAUUGAGACUUUCAAUGAACUUUUUGAUGCUCAUAAAACAGAAGGUGAUAUUCUUGCUAUAGUAUCUAAAGCUGAGGAAUUUGAGCAGAUCAAGGUAAGAGAAGAAGAAACAGAGGAGCUGGAAACCUUACUGAACAGUUUCUGUGAACUUUCUGCUCCCGGCGGUGUGGAAAACAGUUAUGGGAAGAUAAAUAUCCUCCUUCAAACGUACAUUAGCAGAGGGGAGAUGGACAGUUUCUCUCUUAUUUCAGACUCUGCGUAUGUUGCCCAGAAUGCAGCUCGUAUUGUUCGAGCCCUUUUUGAGAUUGCUCUUCGGAAACGAUGGCCUGCAAUGACCUACCGGCUACUGAAUCUCAGCAAAGUUAUCGACAAGCGUCUGUGGGGUUGGGUUAGCCCUUUGCGGCAAUUCUCAGUGCUUCCACCAUCAGUCCUCACAAAACUGGAGGAGAAGAAUCUCACUGUGGAUAAAAUGAAGGACAUGAGAAAAGACGAAAUAGGUCACAUGCUGCAUCAUGUGAAAAUUGGUUUAAAGGUCAAACAAUGCGUCCAUCAAAUUCCCUCCAUUACAAUGGAAGCAACUAUUCAACCAAUUACGCGCACUGUACUCCGAGUUAGACUGAACAUCACUCCUGAUUUUUCAUGGAAUGACCAGGUGCAUGGCACAGUUGGAGAGCCUUGGUGGAUUUGGGUAGAAGACCCCACUAAUGACCAUAUUUAUCAUUCAGAGUAUUUCAUCAUUCAGAAAAAACAGGUCAUUGCAAAAGAACCACAACUUCUCGUAUUCACAAUCCCUAUUUUUGAACCCUUGCCUUCCCAAUACUACAUCCGGGCUGUAUCUGACAGAUGGCUAGGGGCAGAGGCAGUAUGUAUCAUCAAUUUUCAACAUCUGAUUUUACCAGAGAGACAUCCACCUCACACAGAACUGCUAGAUCUUCAGCCUUUGCCUGUUGCAGCUUUGGGACAUCGAGAAUAUGAAAGCCUGUACAAAUUCACCCACUUCAACCCUAUUCAGACGCAGAUAUUUCAUACGCUGUAUCAUACAGACUGUAAUGUUCUUCUUGGAGCCCCCACAGGCUCUGGAAAGACUGUUGCAGCUGAAUUAGCCAUCUUCCGAAUUUUUAACCAAUAUCCCACAUCAAAGGCGGUGUAUAUUGCCCCCCUAAAGGCAUUGGUGCGAGAGAGAAUGGAGGAUUGGAAAGUUAGGAUUGAAGAAAAGCUUGGUAAAAAGGUUGUAGAACUGACAGGCGAUGUAACUCCUGACAUGAGAGCUAUAGCACAAGCUGACCUGAUUGUUACUACACCAGAAAAAUGGGAUGGUGUCAGUAGAAGCUGGCAAAACAGGAGUUAUGUUCAGAAAGUGUCCAUUCUCAUCAUUGAUGAAAUCCAUCUGCUAGGGGACGAGAGAGGCCCAGUACUGGAAGUUAUCGUGUCUCGAACUAAUUUCAUCUCAUCUCACACAGAAAAACCAGUUAGAGUAGUUGGUUUAUCCACAGCAUUAGCAAAUGCCAGAGACCUUGCUGAUUGGUUAAAUAUUAAUCAGAUGGGUCUGUUCAACUUCCGACCAUCCGUGCGACCAGUUCCAUUGGAGGUACACAUUCAGGGCUUCCCUGGCCAGCACUACUGUCCUCGCAUGGCUAGCAUGAAUAAACCUGCUUUUCAGGCAAUUCGGAGCCAUUCUCCAGCAAAGCCAGUUCUUAUCUUUGUGUCAUCCAGACGUCAAACUAGACUCACUGCCCUAGAUUUAAUUGCCUUCCUGGCUACUGAGGAUGAUCCAAAACAAUGGCUGAAAAUGGAUGAAAGAGAGAUGAAUGACGUUAUAGCCACAGUAAGAGAUUCUAAUCUGAAACUGACUCUUGCCUUUGGAAUAGGCAUGCAUCAUGCUGGGCUACAUGAAAGAGACAGAAAAACUGUAGAAGAAUUAUUUGUGAAUUGCAAGAUCCAGGUUCUUAUUGCCACAAGCACAUUAGCCUGGGGUGUAAAUUUUCCAGCUCAUUUAGUAAUUGUUAAAGGAACAGAAUAUUAUGAUGGAAAAACAAGGCGUUAUGUGGAUUAUCCCAUUACAGAUGUGCUUCAGAUGAUGGGACGUGCUGGUAGACCUCAGUUUGAUGACCAAGGCAAAGCUGUGAUUCUAGUUCACGAUAUUAAGAAAGACUUCUACAAAAAGUUUCUUUAUGAACCUUUCCCGGUAGAAUCAAGCCUGUUGGAAGUGCUCUCUGAUCACUUGAAUGCUGAAAUUGCUGCUGGAACUAUUACUUCCAAGCAAGAUGCAAUGGAUUAUAUCACCUGGACCUAUUUCUUCCGUCGUUUGAUCAUGAACCCUACUUACUACAACUUAGAUGAUGUGAGCCAUGAUACCAUGAACAAAUACCUUUCAGGCCUUGUUGAAAGAUCCCUCUUUGAUCUGGACUGUGCCUCCUGUAUUGAAAUUGAGAAGGAUAAUCGUGGCAUUGUGCCUCUAACUUAUGGCCGCAUUGCUUCCUAUUAUUAUUUGAAACAUACAACUAUUGGGAUAUUCAAGGAUCUGUUGAAAUCUGAAAGCAGCAUUGAAGAACUACUUUUAGUUUUGACAGACGCUGAAGAGUACACAGACCUUCCAGUGAGACACAAUGAAGAUCAGAUGAACAGUGAACUGGCAAAGCGUCUCCCCCUUGAAGUCAAUCCUUAUUCAUUUGACAGUUCACAUACAAAAACACAUCUACUGCUGCAAGCCCAUUUUAGUCGUGCCAUGCUACCUUGUCCAGAUUAUGCUACUGAUACAAAGACAGUGUUGGACCAAGCUAUCCGAAUAUGCCAGGCAAUGCUGGAUGUUGCGGCAUACCAUGGAUGGCUAGUGGCUGCUCUGAAUAUCACCAAUCUGGUGCAGAUGGUGAUCCAAGGGCGAUGGAUACAUGACUCUUCCCUGCUUACUUUGCCCAAUGUAGAGCAACACCAUCUUCACCUUUUUAGAAAGUGGAACCAAGGAAAAAGGAAGGCCACACGUGGAGGUUACCAAGGACCUAUUGAGUGUCUUCCUGAACUGAUUGCUGCUUGUGAAGGAAAAGAAAACAUUUUUGCUUCCAUUGUAAAUGGCGAGCUGCAAGCUGCACACAUUACACAGGUUUGGAAUUUUGUCUCCCACUUGCCAAUUAUAAAUGUUCAUUUGAGCAUUAAAGGCUGGUGGGAUGGCUCGGUUCAGGGACAGAAUGAACUACCUAUUCCUACUUUGGCAACAGAUAUGAGGGAUGAAAAAAAAUGGAUCAAAUUACAUGCUGAUCAAGAAUAUGUGCUCCAGAUAUAUUUGCAGAGAAUCCAGAUGGGGUACCAUCAGAGAAAGCAAGACAGUAAAGCAAUGGCUCCUCGAUUCCCCAAAGCCAAAGAUGAAGGGUGGUUUUUGAUACUUGGGGAAGUGGAUAAAAAAGAACUUAUUGCUUUGAAAAGGAUUGGAUACAUCAGAAACCAAAGCUCUGUUUCAGUUGCUUUUUAUACUCCAGAAACUCCUGGAAAAUACAUCUACACAUUGUAUCUCAUGAGUGACAGUUACCUUGGCAUGGACCAACAGUAUGACAUUUAUCUGAAUGUCAUACCAGCCAGCAGCUCAGCACAGGUCAAUACUGAGAACUCUGAUGCAAUGAGUCACCUGGCUCUGAAGUAACAUGACCUGAACAAUCUGUUUGAAAGAAGUGGGCUUGAAACCUGGAUGUUCAGUUAUGCUGGACAACAGAGAAAUUAUGUUUGCCUUAGUGGAAUCAACUUCUAACCUCAAGACACCUAGGAAAUUGAAAGUGACUGCUGUAUUGACUCUAGUAACACAGAGUUAGCCACAGUGGCCUUAUUCCUUUACAAAGUGUUGCCUUUUAUCAUUUCAUCUUUGAAAAAUUUCAGAAUGUGAAAUGGAUCUGUUUUACUACUAAUGUAUAUGCCAGAAUUGUAUUCUGGCAAGUCAAAACAAGAAAGUAUGGACAUUUUAAUUUGUAUACAUUUUGAGCUGUAGUUUUCAUUUGGAAAUGAUUGCUCUAUAGCCAAUGUGUUCAUAUUGUUUAAAUGGAUUUUUUUUAAUUUAUGCGGAGAAUGCACAAAACUUGAUUUAAGAAAUGACAGAAAACAUUGCUGAGGUGAAUUAUAACAUUAAGUUUAUAAGACAUAUCUGUAAGAAAUUUGUUGUACCACUCUCUUCAGUAUAAAAUGUAAAUGCCAUUUAAUGAUAAAAUACAUCUCUUAAGUAUACCACAUGGAGAUGAUACUUCACAAGAACAUUUUCACAAAUUUAUAUUCAUUAUAAAUUUAAUAAAUCUGAUUGGAAAGUUA